AUGGCCAUUCUUCGCUACCUCCCCGCCGCCUCGUUACUGGCCGGCAUCGCCCGGGCCUCAUCGGGCACAUUUGACUUUCUGACCCUCAACGUGGCCGGCCUGCCCGAGAUCCUCAACAGCAACGAGGUACCCGGCGACAAGGAGGACAACGCCGGCUACAUCGGCACGCACCUGGCCGAGGGCGGCUUCGACGUAGUCCACAUGCAGGAGGACUUCAACUACCACGCCUACAUCUACAGGACGGACAACCACACAUACCGUACCGCCACGUCCGGAGGCGUCCCGUUCGGCUCGGGGCUCAACACGGUCGCCAACUACGGCUGGUCCAGCUUCGAGCGCAUCAAGUGGGACAAGUGCGACAUCGACGAGGGCGACUGCCUGACCCCCAAGGGCUUCACCUUUAUGCGCAUGCAGAUCGAGGACAUCGAGAUUGACUUCUACAACCUCCAUGCCGAUGCUGGCUCCGAGAAUGGCGAUGCCGAGGCUCGCUCCGCCGGUGUCGACCAGGUCUUGGAUUACAUCGAGGCCAACUCGGCCGAUCGCGCCGUCAUCAUCGGCGGAGACACAAACGACCGCUGGACAAACGCUGCCCGCAGCAUCGACAAGUACACCGACGCCGGCUUCGAGGACGUCUGGGUCCAGCUCAUCAACAACGGCGUGUACCCUACGGCCGGUGCUGCCGCCGAUCCAUGCGGUACCCCCGCCGCCAGCAACACCUGCGAGGUUGUCGACAAGAUCUUCUUCCGCUCCGGAGGCGGUGUCACCGUCGAUGCCACUUCCUUCACCUAUGCCUCGUCCACCUUUGUCCAACCUGACGGUAACAUCUUGUCUGACCACAACCCACUCCUCGUCAACUUCGCCUGGACGUCGUAG